CUGUAACCCCCCACUUUCCAAACACAACUCCCGCGCUCCCCAACUCAACCACCCGAUCACAUCACAUCAUUCCAUUUCCUCUCCCUCUCCCUCUCCAUUUUCACAAACCACAAUCUUACAACAAUGGCGUCAAUUUCACCACCUUCCUCCACCACCACCACCACAAAACCAUGGGAAUCAAUGCUUCCAGGUCCACCAGGUCGCAACAAUGGCGGCGCAUCUGACAUAACCUCAUCUGGUCUCCUCGCAUUCGCAUCAGGCAGUUCAAUCUCUUUAAUCGACACCCGAUCAAUGCAACUCAUCUCCGUAAUUCCUCUCCCUCCUCCUUCUAUUUCUCUCUCCUACUCCUCAUCUUCUUCCUCUCCUCCUCUCUCUCCUUUCGUCACCUCCGUUCGUUGGGCCCCAUUCUCUCUCCGUCACUUCGAUGUUCUCUCCUCCGAUUCUCUCUCCUCCACGUCAUCAUCAUCAUCUUCCUCCUCUCACCUUCUUUUAGCCGUCGGUGACAGACAAGGUAGGUUAGCGCUUCUCGAUUUCCGAUCACGAUCUCCUGUUCUAUGGUUGGAUACAGAUCAUAAUAAUAACAAUUCGUUCAAACUCGGUGUUCAGGAUAUUUGCUGGGUUAACUCUACGUUUGACACGUGGGCGAUUGGUGCGAUUACUGGGCCCCAUUUAUUCUGUCUAUUUUCAGCUUCUACUGGGAAGUGUUUCUUCAAAUACGACGCCGUUUCGGAGUUUUUGUCGUGUGUUCGGCGUGAUCCGUUUGAUGCGCGACAUUUUGUUGUGUUAGGGUUGAAGGGGUUUUUGUUGUCUGUUAGGGUUAAUGGAGAAUUGGAAAACGACGUCGUUUUGGAGGAGUUAUUGAUUAGGACGGAUUCAUCUGAGUUGGUGAAAUUGGAGAAGGAUUUGGGGGUUAAUAGUAAUCCUACUGCUCCUGCGUCGGCGAUUUUCCCGAAUUAUGUUGCUAAAUGUGCGUUUUCGCUCGAAUGGCAGCAUAUAUUGUUUGUUUCGUUUCCUAGGGAAUUGGUUGUGUUUGAUUUGCAUUAUGAGACGCCUUUGUUUGCUGCUAAUUUGCCUCGUGGAGGGAAGUUUCUUGAUGUUUUGCCCGAUCCCAAUAGUGAGCUCUUGUAUUGUGUGCAUCUUGAUGGCAAGCUUAGCACUUGGAGACGUCGAGAAGGUGAACAGGCUUAUUCGAUUUGUACAAUGCAAGAAUUGAUGCCCUCAGUUGGCUCAUCUGUUCCUUCUCCCUCUAUUCUCGCUGCUGUAAUCUGUGAAUCAGACUGUGCUCUUCAGAAUGUUGGCAAGAUAUACUCUGAUGUGCCUCAUACUCCUUUUAGCGAUGAGGACUAUGAUAACCCUUUCGAUUUUUGUGAUGAGUCGCUUCCUGCCUCAAAGACUCAUUUGAUCUCUAUUUCUGAUGAUGGAAAAGUAUGGAAUUGGCUUCUAACUGCUGAAGGCCCCGAGGUGGCUCCUAAAGAUGUGCCGAAGUUGAAAGCACCUAUGAUUGGUAAUGGAUCAGGUAAUGACGCUUCUGAGGGAUCUUUGACCAGCCAAAGAUCGGAACGUAUGAAGGGGAGAGAGCGCUCAUCUAAUUUGACUGUCUUUUCUGAAGACAUAUCGUUUAAGAUAAUCUUAGUAGGACAACUGCAUCUUCUUUCUUCAACAGUGACUACACUUGCUGUACCAUCUCCUUCUUUCACAGCUACUUUGGCCCGUGGUGGUAAUCAUCCUGCUGUGGCCGUUCCACUGGUUGCUCUGGGUACCCAAACUGGCACAAUUGAGAUCGUUGAUGUUUCUGCCAAUGCAGUUACAGGUUCUUUUGUUGUUCAUAGCGGGGUUGUGAGGGGAUUAAGAUGGUUAGGAAAUUCUCGUAUGGUGUCUUUUUCUUACACUCAGGCCAAUGAAAAAUCUGGAGGCUAUAUUAACAGGCUCAUUGUGACCUGUGUUAGAAGUGGCUUUAAUCGGGCAUUUCGGGUUCUUCAAAAGCCAGAAAGGGCACCCAUACGAGCUCUCAGAGCUUCUUCAUCUGGAAGAUAUCUGCUAAUUUUAUUUCGCGAUGCUCCUGUCGAGGUGUGGGCUAUGACGAAGAACCCUAUUAUGCUGAGAUCACUAGCACUUCCAUUUACAGUACUGGAAUGGACUCUCCCGACAGUUCCUCGACCAUCUGCACCAACUAGGCAAUCUUCGAUAUCUUUAAAGGACCGUAUUGUUGGUACGCAAACUGGGACAUCAACCCCCACGGCCCCAACAGAUGAAUCUUCACAAGAUUCUAAGGCAGCAAGUUCUGAGGGAUCUCAGGAUGAGAACUCUGAGAGUUUUGCUUUUGCACUUGUUAAUGGUGCACUAGGAGUUUUUGAGGUCCAAGGCCGAAGAAUCAAAGACUUCAGACCAAAGUGGCCUUCUUCUUCAUUUGUUUCUUCUGAUGGGUUGAUCACAGCCAUGGCGUACCGACUUCCUCAUGUGGUUAUGGGGGACAGGUCUGGUAACAUACGCUGGUGGGACGUAACAACUGGACACACUUCCUCGUUCAAUACUCACAGAGAAGGAAUAAGAAGGAUAAAAUUUUCACCUGUUGUUGCUGGAGAUCGAAGUCGAGGGCGUAUUGCUGUGCUAUUCUAUGAUAACACAUUUGCCGUAUAUGACCUUGAUUCAUCAGAUCCCCUAGUGAAUUCCCCUCUACAACCCCAAUUUCCUGGAACACUUGUACUGGAACUUGACUGGUUGCAUUUGCGAACUCACAAUGAUGAUCCACUAGUACUGUGCAUUGCUGGAGCUGAUAGUAGUUUUCGACUUGUUGAAGUUGCUGUGAAUGACCAAAAAGUUGCAUAUGGAGCUCAAUAUGGAGCAAUUAAGGAAAAAUUUCGGCCAAUGCCUCUCUGUGCUCCCAUUUUACUUCCUACUCCACAUGCCCUGGCAUUGCGAAUGGUUCUGCAACUGGGUGUAAAACCCUCUUGGUUUAACACAAAUAGUUUAACAAUUGAUAAAAGGCCUCAUCAGAUCUCGGGAACUCCAAAAUCAGCUGGAGAUCUUCGCAGUUACAUUAUUGAUGCGGCUCCUGCUGGCGAUGCUGCAGUCCCAGAAAUGCUUCUCAAAGUAUUGGAACCCUACCGCCAAGAAGGGUGCAUUCUUGAUGACGAGAGAGCAAGACUUUAUGCUAAAAUAUUAAAUAAAGGUUUUGCUGUGAGGCUUGCCUUUGCUGCUAUGGUAUUUGGUGAAUCAUCUGAGGCACUUUUUUGGUUACAGCUGCCUCGUGCACUUAAUCAUUUGAUAAAUAAGUCACUUAUUAAGCAGCCUCAGAAGAAGUCUGUGCCAGAUCCAGUCCUUGAGGUUGAUGUUCUGACUGAAAUAACAUCGGGUGGUAAAACAUUGCCUGGGUCAGACAGAAGAGAAUCGCUGAGUCGAGGCCAACUUAGAUUAAUGGCCUUUGAGCAAGAAGAGUUGUGGGAGACUGCUAAUGAACGUAUACUUUGGCAUGAGAAACUGAAUGGAGAAGAUGCUAUCCAAAAUCGUGUGCAUGAUCUUGUCUCAGUGGGAAAUUUAGAAGCUGCAGUGAGUUUAUUGCUAUCCACUUCCCCUGAAAGCCAUUACUUCCAUGCAAAUGCGCUUCGUGCAGUUGCCCUUGCUUCGGCUGUGUCCAAGUCUCUUCUUGAACUUGCUGUGAAGGUCGUUGCUGCUAAUAUGGUAAGGACAGAUAAGUCAUUGUCAGGCACUCAUCUUCUUUGUGCUGUUGGAAGACAUCAAGAAGCCUGUUCUCAGCUACAAGAUGCUGGAUGUUGGACUGACGCUGCAACUCUGGCUGCGACACACUUAAAGGGUUCUGAUUACUCAAGGGUGUUGCAUAGAUGGGCUGACCAUGUCCUUCACAGUGAACAUAAUCUCUGGAGGGCUCUGAUUUUGUAUGUUGCAGCUGGUGCAUUUCGCGAAGCUUUAACAGCUCUUCGUGAAGCCCAGCAACCAGACACAGCAGCCAUGUUCGCUGUUGCUUGUCGCGAAAUUCAUGCUGAUAUCCUUGCUAAUAGGGAGGACUCUGUACAAGAGACUGAAUUGUCAACUGAAGGCAAGCUUCCAGUCUUGCCUGAGCUAAGCCUGGAAAAUGAAGAAGUCAUCGCGGCUUAUGAACUGUACGGGCAGUACCAAAGAAAGCUGGUUCAUUUGUGCAUGGACUCACAGCCUAUUUCAGACUGAAUGACCAAGAGUUUUGCAACAUAUACCAAAGCUGUGGUUAGAAACAUAGUGGCCUAGGCAUAACUUGAUUGUAUUUAUAUAGUGAUAGUUCAAUUGUCUUUUUAUAGUGAUAGUUCAAUUUUCUUUUGAUUUUUUGAGUCAAAAUUUUGUACCCCGGUUAAAAUUAUUUGUCAAUUUUUUGUUUGCUAGAGGCCUUGGUAUACCUGUCAAAUUUGUACAUUAACCUGUUAAGAAAGUUUCUUGUUUCAUAAGAGAUAUUUAUGUUGUUAUAUUAUAGUAGUAUACAAUACAUAUUUAUUGAAA